AGACACAACCCCCUCUUCAUUCUCUUCCCACUUUUUAAAACCCCCCUUCAACCCAACAAGAUAAAGAAAGAAGAGUAGAGUUCCUUAAGUUAUUGUAAGUGAACUUCCAAGUAAACUCCAGUUUCAGUUCCAGUUCCAGUUUCAACUUCAGAGAUUGUUAAGAAGAAGAAGGAUUCAUUUGUUUUUGGUGGAAAGAUAAGCAUAUGAUAAGAAGAGGAUGAUGAUGAUGGCUGAAGUAGGAGAGCAGCAAAGGAGAAGAGAACCUCAUGAUUAUCAUCUCUACAACAACACCACCAACAACAACACCAACAGCAACAAUGGAAAUAGUACUAGUAAUAAGAAGCUCAAAACAGGAACUACUACUACCACUACUACUACUCUUCAUGAUGGUUCUUUCCAUAAGCCCAUCUCCUCCAAACAGGAGAAGAAUGAUAAAUUUGGGGAAAGAGUGGCAGCUCUGCAGCAGUUGGUCUCACCAUUUGGGAAGACGGAUACUGCAUCAGUUCUUUCAGAGGCCACUGGAUACAUAAGAUUCCUUCAUGAACAACUGCAGGUGUUAAGUGCUCCUUAUAUUGGAACUCCAACAAUGCAAAACAACACACAAGAUGAAAAAUAUAGCCUGAGAAGGAGAGGAUUGUGCUUGAUGCCAAUUACUGCAACUCAGAGCUUGUCACAAAGCAAUGGAGCAGACUUAUGGGCUCCCACAAAGCAUACAAGCUACAACCUUCAUGGUGUUCCUUAGAGACAAGCAUAUGACAUUUCAUUUUAUUUCACAGUAAUAAAUAAAUAAAUAUCUUUACUUUAUUUUUAUUUUAUUUUUUAACAAACAUGGGAGUGUUACUAUUACUAUCUAUUAUUACCAUAGAUUCUAACUAUUCAUCUUAUAAUCCUGACUAGAAAUUUAAAUUAAGCUAUAGAUUCAGAGCAAUGAGAACAUGGCAGUCUUGGUCUACUGAAAAUUUGUACAAGAGUACAAUGAGUACACUCAGUGCAAUUAUCAUAUAUGGCUGUAAAUAAAAGCAAUGGUGUUUUUCCAAA